CGGGGAAGCAAGGACUUUCAGAUUCGUGGACGCAAGCAAGCAGCUCGAUUCCCAGAAAAUUAAUGCGAACCGAGUUGCUUUCCUUUUCCGUGACCAAAUCGCACAUCCUACUCCUCCGGCGCCAAAAUUCGGACGACGGGCAACAAGCGGUGGUGACCGAAAGCUGACGUGAGGGCCCGGUUGCCCCGAAAAGACAAGAGGAGAGUUCGCGGGCCGAUGGCCUUGCCCUCCCGCAUCAAAAAUAGCCCACCGAUAACCAAUCAAAAAAUUGUUUUCCUAAUAAUAUGCAAGUUUUUACAUGUUUACCUGCGGUAGCCGGUCCGGCCCAGAAAAGCGCGAGAACCGACGAAAAGACGGCGGUCGGUGGGCCCCCGCCUUCUCUUCUGGUUUUCCCUCCCCAUCUACCUUUCUUCCAGCGUGAACAAGUAAGAAGGGGCCAGAGAGAGCUUCCCUUCCUUCCUCGCCCCAUCGCUGCCCUUGCCGCGCUCGCUCGCUCGCUCGUCCCUGUCUAUGCUCCUCUUCUCCUACCCUCCCGAUUAGUCCAUUAACUUCCUAGGAAUAAUAAUAUAUGCAUAUAAGCCCAUUUAUCCCCCGUCCUGCUUGGCUGGUUGGGUUGGGUUGGGUUGGCAGGUUGGUUGGUUAUUCGCGGUGACAGAGGAGGGUAGCCUGAGCCCCGGCGCUCCUCUUCCCGGCUCCGAUCCUUCCGCUACUGCCAGUUGAGGCUUCCGCCUUCUUCCCUCAUAGGUAGGUAGGCAUGCACAAUUAGGUAGUGGUUAUAUCUUUUAUAAAGCAUUAGGCCGGAAGACAGAGAACAGCACCACCCAUCUAUGGCUCCACUUCCACCGCCGACCACCACCACCACCACCACGUACUACACCCACUCGAGCAGCCUCCGCCGGAGGCAGGGCGAGCGGGCUGGAGAAGGACGAGGAGGGGGAGCGAGGAGGCCGCCUCCUCCGCCCCAGAGGUCGGCGUCGUUCCAUGGUCGGACUGCGGCGGCGGCGGCGUCCCCCGUGGAGCACCGCCAGAUGCGGCGGCCCAAGACCCAGCCAGACCUGCGUGCCGGGGGGAGAAACGGGACGACGGCAUCAGGAGGGGCAUCGCCGGAGGCGAAGAUGCAGGGCAAGGGCGGCGACAGAAUCUUCGAAGCGGCCGAGAGGAGGAUGCCAGAGAAGGUGCUGGUGAACGUGACGGUUCAGAGGAGCUUGGGGCCGGUGCAGGUGAUGGUGUCGACGGAGUGGUCCAUCGGAGACCUCGUGGCGGCGGCGGCGAGGCAGUACGCCAAGGAAGGGAGGCGGCCCCCGCUGUCCACCACGGACCCUUCCGCCUUCGGCCUCCAUUACUCCCAGUUCAGCCUCGAAUGUAAGAACGAAAUUCCAUGCAAACGAGCAAUCCGAUACAAAUGGAUAACUUGGUUUUACAUGCUUUGGAUCCCAAGGAGAAGCUGAGUGGGUUGGGCUCCAGGAACUUUUUCCUCUGUCUCAAGUCCGUCCCGGGUAAUUCAGACCCAGCGACUGCCUCCUCCUCGGCCGCCCCUUCUUCUUGUGCCGAACAAGCUCAGGAGUCCAAGAUAUCCAUCCCUUGGCUUAGGUUCAUGGCUUUCUUGCUGUAGCUUGAUUAAUAUGUUUCUCUUUUGCUUUCGAAUUACCAAUUCCGCUACUGUUGAAAUCUCUCGUCAGCCCGAUGAUUCCAGCUACCACAUGCAGGUCGCAACCUCUGUUUGUUUAGGGUGGGUUGAAUCAGUGGCAUGCGUCGUGGAUUGGUGUUGUCAUAAGACCGGGCGGGAUUAAUUACAGUGUUCUGUGCUAGGAUAUUCACCAAGUUUGUAUGAAUCCAUAAAGCUGAUUUAUAUUUCCUGC